CGGAGCCUGGUGCCCGCGCGGCGCGGAGAGCCCGCGUGAUGCACGUGCGCUCGUGGCGCGGCGCGGCGCCCCCCAGCUUCGCAGCGCUCUGGGUGCCCCUGCUCCUGCUGCGCGCCGCGCUGGCCGACUUCAGCCUGGACAACGAGGUGCACUCCAGCUUCAUCCACCGGCGCCUCCGCAGCCAGGAGCGGCGCGAGAUGCAGCGCGAGAUCCUCUCCAUCUUGGGCUUACCCCACCGCCCGCGUCCCCAUCUCCAGGGCAAGCACAACUCGGCGCCCAUGUUCAUGCUGGACCUGUACAAUGCUAUGGCGGUGGAGGACGGUGGCGGGGCCGACGGCCAGGGCUUCUCCUACCCCUACAAGGCCGUCUUCAGCACCCAGGGCCCCCCUCUGGCCAGCCUGCAAGAUAGCCAUUUCCUCACCGACGCCGACAUGGUCAUGAGCUUCGUUAACCUGGUGGAACACGACAAGGAGAUCUUCCACCCUAGCUACCACCACCGGGAGUUCCGCUUCGAUCUGUCCAAGAUCCCAGAAGGAGAAGCCGUGACCGCAGCCGAAUUCCGGAUCUACAAGGACUACAUCCGGGAGCGCUUCGAUAAUGAGACAUUCCGGAUCAGCGUCUACCAGGUGCUGCAGGAGCACUUAGGCAGGGAGUCCGACCUGUUCCUACUGGACAGCAGAACCCUCUGGGCCUCAGAGGAGGGCUGGCUGGUGUUCGACAUCACGGCCACCAGCAACCACUGGGUGGUCAACCCCCGGCACAACCUGGGCCUGCAGCUCUCCGUGGAGACUCUGGACGGACAGAGCAUCAACCCCAAGGUGGCGGGUCUGAUCGGGCGGCACGGGCCCCAGAACAAGCAGCCCUUCAUGGUGGCCUUCUUCAAGGCCACGGAGGUCCACCUGCGCAGCAUCCGCUCCGCGGGGGGCAAGCAGCGCAGCCAGAAUCGCUCCAAGACGCCCAAGAACCAGGAGGCCCUGCGCAUGGCCAACGUGGCAGAGAACAGCAGCAGCGACCAGAGGCAGGCCUGUAAGAAACACGAGCUGUACGUCAGCUUCCGCGACCUGGGCUGGCAGGACUGGAUCAUUGCCCCUGAAGGCUACGCUGCCUACUACUGCGAGGGGGAGUGCGCCUUCCCACUGAACUCCUACAUGAACGCCACCAACCACGCCAUCGUGCAGACACUGGUUCACUUCAUUAACCCGGACACGGUGCCCAAGCCGUGCUGCGCCCCCACCCAGCUCAACGCCAUCUCCGUCCUCUACUUCGACGACAGCUCCAACGUCAUCCUGAAGAAGUACAGGAACAUGGUGGUCCGGGCCUGCGGCUGCCACUAGCCCCUCCUGGGAGCUGGACCCUCGGAGCCAUGUUCUUCCAGACGGAUCCUGCGUCUCCCACCCGCCUGCCUGGGCCAGGAGCCAGCCGACCAACCACCUCUUCCGGAGACCCCCUUCCUUCCCCUCCCCUGACUUCAGCCUCGUAGGAGUGUUUGGGGAUUUGAAAGGCAAAUGGCUUUCGAUGGGUUUUCAUUGGCAUCUGAUGGACCAGCAGCUGCCGGUGAACACCUGGCCGGAACAAACACAGAGCGAGGGCCAUCUCAGCCGGCCAUUGGCUGGGAGGACUCAGCGGUGCACUGACUCACUGAAGAAUUAGGACGCCUUGAGCCAGGCCACCCAGCAGAGAGAGGACGAGGGCGGAGAGAGGGUGGGCAUGGUCUUCUGUGCAGAAGGAAACUGAUGCGGAAGUCCCUGUAAUAAAUGUCACAAUAAAAAGGAAUGAGUGAAAAUGGUUAGGAUCUUACGGGAGAUUUUCCUAAA